AUGUCUCGAGUUCCGAGUGCAUGGAUUCUUCUAUUUCUGAUGGCUCUGUUCGGCUCGUUGCCACUAUUAGUGUUCAUCGUAUUUCGUUUCGUGUUACCAGUGGUCGAACCUGGGCCCAGUUGGCCUCCCCCAGUGCGCUCGACGGAUAUCACCAUGAAACCAGACACCGAUCACAGUGUGUACCGCGGCUUGGAUUUAGUGAAUGGAAUGAAAGUGCUCCUGGGAUCGGAGCCGGAUCUCGAGAAAUCUCGAAUGUCGUUGUGCAUCAUGGCAGGCUACAUGAGCGAUCCCAGGGAGCUUCAAGGGCUCGCGCAUUUCACCGAGCACAUGAUGUUCAUGGGCAGCAGGAAGUAUCCCGCAGAGAACCACCUGUUCGCUUACCUUAACGGUCAUGGCGGAAGCGCUAAUGCGUACACUCAUGGCGACAUGACUUGUUACUAUUACGAGGUCGACCCGGAAUUCCUCGAAGAAUCGCUCGCGAUCAUAAGCGACAUGAUGAGGGACCCACUCCUCACCGAGGAGACGGCUCAACGAGAGAUCUUCGCUGUGGACACAGAGCAUCGAAAAAAUCUCAAAUCAGACAAUUGGAGACAAAAUCAAAUAGAGAAAGCAACAGGGGAUCAGGAUCAUCCGUUUACGCAAUUUUCUACGGGCAGCAAAGCCGGUCUGGAAGCUGGCGCGAAAAUGUUGAACACGACAGUCAUCGAGGAGGUGCGGAAAUUCUACCGAAAGUACUACACCGCUCGAAUGAUGAAUAUUUUCGUCCAAGGUCGAGAGUCACUGCAAGAUUUGCAGACCAUGAUCCUCAAAUACUUCUCGCCGAUACGGAGAGGUUCCGUCGACAGCCCGGUGUGGUUGAAGCAUCCUUACGAGCACUCGAGGAAAUUGAUGCUACACAUCGUUCCAGCCGUGGAGACGAAGCUCCUGGAAAUCGUUUUCGCGGUUCCGGACAUGUUAGAGUUCUACCGUUCCCUACCGGAACUGUACGUGUCUUCCGGUAUCAUCGGCUAUAAGGGUUCGGGGAGCUUGUACGCCUACCUCCACCAGAAAUCUUACAUAGCCAGCUUGUCAGCCAAGGUCCGGGGCAAUUUUCGCCAUUUCGGAAUUUUUUCAAUUGAAGUUCGUCUGAGCGAUCUCGGUUUCGAGAACUUGGACGAGGUGAUUGAGUCGAUUUUCGCAUAUAUAAACUUCCAUAAGGAGGUCGGACCCGAUGAGGACGUGUUCAGGGACCUUCAAACGGGAAGACGGAUACAGUUCAAGUAUCGACCCAAAUGGAAUGGGCAGGACUUUCCUCGUUACACGGCGGAGAAAUUACGGAGCUUCUCGUGGCGAGAUAUGCUCUCAGCCUACUACGUCAUCCACAAGUACCGACCCGACCACAUAAGGAACUUGCUCGCCUUGUUAUCACCGGAUAACUGCCGCAUCGUGGUGUCCUCAUCGACGUACGCGAACCGGACGGAUCUGAGACGGGAACCCAUAUAUAAUGCGUCAUACGCUCUCUCGCGUAUAAGUUUCCAACAGCUCACCAAAUGGAAGACAGUUCCUCACGGUGAUCGUUUCCUCAUUCCGAAGAAGAACGAUUUCAUUCCGGAUAGACUGCAGGUCUACCGAGCCGAACCGCGCUUCGGCAGGGUUCCGGUGCUCCUCGAAUCUGAAGCCGCCAGCCGACUGUGGUUUUUGCAGAGCGAUGACUUCAACACUCCGAAAAGUGCCGCAAGAGUUCUCUACCGCACGGAUAUUAUCGAUCUGCAAACGUCGGAUAUUUUGAAAAUUAUCGUCAUCGCAAAAAUGUUCACCGAGACGAUGGACGAGGAGUGGACGGCGGCGCGGCUGGCCGGCGUGCAGAUGGAUAUCAUGCCAGCGAUCCGCGGAUACUUUUUCUCGAUUAGUGGAUACAAUCAGAAGCAGGGGCAAAUUCUUCAAAGUGCCCUGCGGAAAUUCCGAGAAUUCAACAUUAACCAACGAAUGCUCGACGAUGCGCGGGAACAAUUGAGACGAGCGUUAAAAGGUCAACUGAGCAAGAAAUUCUUCCAGAUUCUGCCCGAUAUAAGGAAUCGGCUCUUGAUACUGGGCUACAGCUUCACACCAGAGGAAAAUUUGGAGUUCUUGGAGAAGUUCACGGUGCGGGAUAUUCAGGGAUUCCUCGAUAGGUCCCGAGCUCGAUCCUCCGCCGUUGUUUAUGUGUUCGGAAAUGUCGAGCUCGAAACCGCACUGCAGAUGUAUCGUGAAGCGAAACGCAUGCUCGAAAAUACGACGAUGAAGUUCGAAGAUAGUCAAUUGAUAGAGGAGUUCUCCCUGAGCGAGGGUCAUUUCUAUCGUUACGUCGACGCGAUAAAGGAGCAGCCCUUGAAUUCCGUUGAGGUGUUCUACGAGUUAGGAGAGUCAGUCGAUCGCAAAAGGGACUUGGUCGUCAGUGAAUUGCUAGCGGUCAUCAUCAGUGAUAUAACCGCGAGCGUUCUUCGCACGCGAGAACAACUCGGCUACAGUGCGAACAGCUCAUUCAAGAAGGCCAUGAACACUUUCGGUCUCACCGUGACAGUUGAAUCCGCUCACAACAUUACGUAUGUCGAGCAACGGAUUCGAAACUUCAUACACAACGUGGCCCCGUGGUACUUGAAAAAACUUUCGAAAGAAAUGUUCGACGACCACCGAGAUUCUCUCGUACACAGUAAAUUGCAAAAAGCUACUGGUCCCGUUUCGUUCGGCUCAAGAUUCUGGGUGGAAUGUUAUCGGGCCUGCAACUUCCAUCGCGCAGAAGACGAGGCGGAAAUAGCUCGCACUCUGACCAAGCAAGAUCUCAUCGACUUCAUGCAGCACAACAUCCUCGACGGUCGCUACGCGAGAACCUUGGUCGUGGCGAUAGAAGCGACCGAGGAAUUCAAGGAGCACCAUAAGAAAAUAACCGUCCAGCGAAGCGAUGGAUACACCGCGACCUUUGAUUCAAUCUCGGAGUUCCAAUCUUCACUGCGCAGGACGAGACCCGCCUACGGGGACGAAUGUACAAAAUACGCGCUAGCCAUCAAUUGA